CCUAAUCUGGGUUGGUUCUUUUUCAUUUAUUUUUUAUUUUUCUGAUUCUAUUUCUCUAUAAUUCUUGUUACGUAGAAGUAGAGAGAGUGAAAAUGAAUGAAAAUGGCGAUGAUGAAACUAUUGAUCGAAUCUCGAAUUUACCAGAAGUUCUGAUUCAUCAAAUCCUGUCCUCAGUUCCGGCGGUGGAUGUGGUUCGGAUGAGUGUACUCUCAAGGCGGUGGAAACGCAUGUGGUACUCCGAUGAGAUCCCCACUAUGCAAUUCUGCGACUCCCUCGGCUUUUCUACUCCGAGAGCCUUCGAAAUUUUCAUGCUAGAGUGCUUGAGACGCCGCCACCGCCACCGCCACAAUAACGAUCAUUCAAUCCAUACUCAAUAUAAGUUUCAGCUGCAGUAUCCCAAGAUUCAGACAGCCGUACUAACGAGGGUGAUGCGAUCAACAUUUAUUUGGGAUAAUGUUGUGGAGUUUGAUCUCAGCGAAUCCCCUGCUGCGAAUAUAUCCCAUAUGAUCAUGAUACCCCUCUACAUUUUCACCGGAAAAUCUUUAACUCUUCUCAAGUUGAAAUCAGGUAAUUCUUUUUGCUUAGACAACGAUCCAUUUUCUGAUUUUUCACCAAAUCUUCCGCGUUUGAAAUGUUUAUGGUUAGUUCAUGUACAUGGUUUGAAUGAGGACGAUCUAUUAGCCAAGAUGUUACUCGGUUCUCCUGUACUUGAGGAGUUUGUAUUGAAGAGUUUACAGUUGUCAAAUACUUGUAUUUCCAGUUCGAGUCUCAAGUUUUUGGAAAUUUAUGGAUAUAGUCGUGAAAAUCUACGAGUGGAUGCAACAAAUCUUCAAUCUUUUCAAGUCAGGGGAGCUUUACAUGACAAGAUUAUUAUUGAUAUCACUCAUUUCAGCUCACUCCGGAAUCUAUCGAUAAACACUGCUUGCGACAAUAUUGAUGACAAUUUUUUGGAACAUCUCAUCUCUAAACUUCCUCUCAUUGAACAUUUGAGUCUCUGUCAUUGUUAUUUUCUGAAACACAUUACAAUCCGUAGCAACAGUUUGACGAGUUUUGCCUUUGGUAAAGUCCACUCAGCUGAAGUGAGGGCCACCAUGGAAACCCCAAAUCUACUUUCCUUCUCCUAUAAAGGUGAUCUUGAGUUUGGCAUGACCAUAAUCUCACCACCAAAUGAUCAAUUGAAUGGUACUUUCGUAAUUAGUGGUACCUUGCCAAAUGAUCAAUUGAUUUUGGGCACUUCUAUGGUGCAUUUCCUUAUCAGCAUCAAUUGCCCUUGGAAAAUUUUAAGCCUGGAAGCUCAGUCAGAACAGGUUUUCCUCUUCCCUGAAGAGUUUAAAAGAAGAAGUCAUCGACCAUUGACAAACCUUAAGCACCUGAAGAUCAAGACGUUCGAAAGAUUGGAAGACGAAUCUAAGUUGAAAGACUCUUUAUAUUGGGUUUCACCUCAUUUGGAAACACUACUAAUUGAAGAAGGAACAGAGAGUGAGUUAAUGUUAUUCUAGUUUGCUUCUUUAUAUCUUGAAAGAUGUAUAAUUAGAAGAUUGUAGUAUGUGUUGCAUCAUAUGCUGAGUUUUCUUCUUAUCAGAAAGCCAAUUGGAUAUGGUGUUUAUUUUUUAUAUUUUGGAAUAAUGUCAAUUGGGUUCUACAUUUAGUACUGUUCA